GCUCGAACCUGUGGUGGUCUCCCAUCCACUGUGCUGCCAAGACAGUCCUGCUUAGCAUGCCGUGAGAUCCCCAUAGAGCGCAAUGGGCCUCUUGGUUUCAAUACAGCUCACUGCUUCUCUAUCUGACUCCCAGGCAAGAUGGUAAAGAUUAUCUUUUACGAGGACAAAAACUUCCAGGGUCGCUCUUAUGACUGCAACUCUGAUUCUUCCGAUCUGUCUUCAUACUUCAAUCGUUGCAAUUCCAUCAGAGUGGAGAAUGGAAACUGGAUCCUGUAUGAGCAACCCAACUACCGUGGGCACCAGUACUUCUUAAGGAAAGGAGAAUAUCCUGACUUCCAGCAAUGGAUGGGCUACAAUGACUCCAUCAGAUCAUGCCGUUUAACUCCACAGCAUCGUGGGCCCUAUAGACUGAGGGUUUAUGAAAAGGAAGACUUUAAAGGUCAGAUGAUGGAGUUCACUGAAGACUGUCCUCAUGUGUAUGAGCAAUUCCGCAACAACAACAUCAACUCCUGCCAGGUGCAUGAUGGAUACUGGAUGUUCUAUGAGGAGCCCAACUACAGAGGACGUCAGUAUUACCUGAAGCCUGGAGAGUACAGGAGAUACAGUGACUGGGGAGCAUCUAAUCCAAGAAUUGGUUCUUUCAGACGAGUUCAGCAUCUGUAUUAA